AUGAAGUUCACCACCAUCCUCUCACUCUUCGCCGCUGCGUCUGUCGCCCUUCCCACUUCCAACCCUCUCUCUGAACGUGAAGUUCUUGCUGAGCUCGAGAAACGCCAAUCUGGAAGCAUCACUCGUGAUGAUCUUUCCAACGGCGCUUCAUCUGCUUGCCCCCCUGUUAUUUUCAUCUAUGCUCGGGGUUCCACUGAGCUUGGAAACUUGGGAACGCUUGGUCCUCGAGUUGCUUCUGUGCUUGAAAGCAACUACGGUAGCAAUGGAGUCUGGAUCCAAGGAGUCGGUGGAGCAUACCGUGCUACCCUUGGCGACAAUGCCCUUCCUCGAGGUACCUCUUCGGCAGCCAUCAGAGAAAUGAUUGGUCUUUUCAACCUUGCAAACUCAAAGUGCCCUUCUGCCAAGAUCGUUGCUGGAGGGUAUAGUCAAGGUGCUGCCCUUGCUGCAGCCAGUAUCGAGGAUCUCAGUACUUCUGUCCGCAACAAGGUCGUCGGUACUGUCCUGUUCGGAUAUACCAAGAACCUGCAGAAUCUUGGCCGCAUUCCAAACUACCCACGAGAGCGAACCCUGGUUUUCUGCAACGUUGGAGACUUGGUUUGCACUGGCUCCUUGAUCGUUGCUGCUCCCCAUCUGGCUUAUCAGUCAGAUGCUUCUGGACCUGCACCCCAAUUCCUCAUUCAGCGAGUUGCUGCUACCUCUAUCUAG